AGUUGAGGUCAAGGACGCCCCUCAAGACUUCAACUUACAACGCCAUCCAUUAUUGCACUUAAUUGCUGCUUCCUUCUUCUUCUUUUUUAUUAAACGGAGGAACAAUCUUACACCCAAACCUCCAGAAAGCUAACGCGGUCAUGCCAGUCACGACUCCCCACUUAUUUUACGGUACUCAUCCUGUGAGUAAUCGAACCAACCCUACAACAAUACAAAAAAGAAAAUCAAAAAUAACGAUUUUCUUGGGUUGGUUGCUAUUUGCGAUAAAACAGCUCUCAUCAGUUUGGUUCCAUUGCCAUUUUGUUGCUUCUUUCUCCGUCUUUCUAGUUUUCGAUACACCUUUUUUCAAGGUCUUAGUGACAACAAAUUAAUAAUCCAAAGCCAAAUGAAACCAAUGAGGUUUGAUUUCAAAAACAUCAACCCUUUUUCUUUUCCAUCAUUAGCCCACAAUUGCAGUCAUCUUUUUGUGAAGUUUGCUGUGUUUUCUCUCCUCUUGGGCCUGGCUUUUCGCCUCUUCGUUUCCAACCCUAUCCAGUUUCCUUCAGAGACUACCGACCCUUCUUCUCUUGUUGAGCAGAACGCGACAUUUCCAACUCCGGCGGAUACGUCGCCGGUUUCGAGUGAUUUGCCGGUAGAUGAAAGUUUGCCGGCGAAUGAAAGCCUAACUUCUCAGAAUGUCACAGCAGAAUGCGAUAUAUUUAUGGGAGAAUGGGUACCAGAUUCCUCUGGUCCAUAUUACAGCAGUGAGAGUUGCCAGCACAUUGAAGCUCAUCAGAAUUGUAAGAAAAACGGCCGACCAGAUUCGGAUUAUGUUCAUUGGAGGUGGAAGCCCCGCGACUGUGAGUUACCUAAGUUUGAUCCACGAAGAUUUCUUGGUUUGAUGAGGAAUAAAUCAUUUGCUUUCAUCGGGGAUUCAAUUUCGCGAAAUCACGUGCAGUCAUUGCUUUGCACUCUCUCACAGUUGGAAGAAGCCGUGGAGGUCUACCAUGACAAGGAAUACAGAUCCAAAAGAUGGCAUUUUCCCUCCCACAACUUCACUCUGUCAGUAAUUUGGACUCCUUUCCUCAUAAAAGCAGCUAUUUUCGAAGAUAUAAAUGGAGUUUCAUCAGCUGACAUUCAACUUCAUCUUGACAAACUUGAUACACUAUGGACUGAACAAUACACAAAUUUCGAUUAUGUGAUAAUUGCUGGCGGAAAAUGGUUUCUCAAAACAGCUAUCUACUAUGAAAACAACACGAUCAAAGGCUGCCAUUACUGCCCGGGCAAGAAUUUAACAGAGUUAGGGUUCGAUCAUGCCUACCGCAAAGCCCUACAGUUGAUUUUUAAGUUUGUCACCAAUUCAAACCACAAAGCUCACGUAUUGUUUAGAACUACCACGCCGGAUCAUUUUGAGAAUGGAGAGUGGUUUAGUGGGGGCUACUGCAAUAGAACCGGACCAUUUAAAGAAGGCGAGGCUGAUUUAAACUUCGUGGACACAACGUUGCGAAAUAUUGAGUUAGAAGAAUUUGAGAAGGCAGUGGAAAUAGGAUCCGGAAAGGGGGUGACUUUGAAACUAGUGGACACAACCCAUCUUUCAUUGUUGAGACCUGAUGGGCACCCGGGAGUUUACAGGGCUUUCCAGCCAUUUGCCAAGGGUAAAAACGAAAAACUUCAGAAUGAUUGUUUGCAUUGGUGCUUGCCCGGGCCAAUAGAAUCCUGGAAUGAGUUGGUAAUGCAAAUGUUGUUCGGCGGUUGAGAAUUAUGACUAAGAAAAACAACUCUUCCUUGCCUUCAAAUUUCUGGGUUUGAAAGUAUGGGCUUAUUGUGAUCUUGAUGAACUAAAAAACUGAAAGGAAGAGGAUCUCUGCCGUCGGGAAUAACAGCGAUCGCAUAAUUGGCACGAUUGUGUAGUAAUUGAAGACACGAACCCAGCAACUGUUUUAGUAUGGGUUCAAGUUUGAACCCUAGGAGCUGGCUAGAAGUUAGAAAAGGAGAAGAUAACACACAACAAAGAUACAAGUGAUUGUUUAUUAAUUCCACAAAACCAGGGAGCUCAAAAAUCAAUGCACUAUGUAUAUAUACAGGUACUCAUUUCUGUUUGUUGGAGAGUCAAUGAAUAGGUUUUACUUCUGCAUUCUUGUAAGCAUGUCUAUUUCCGAGUACGGAAUUACACGUCGUGUAAGCGCAAGGAUUCAAUACCCUCUUUGUACAAUCUGAAUUUUGUUGCAUCCCUGACUGGGUUACAUCAUCUGGUCCUUGUGUUCA